AGCGAAGCGAACCGGCUGCGGCGGCGGGGGCGAAACGGACUGCUGCAGCGCCCACCCCGUGCCAGACAUCGGGUGAAAUAAUCCAGAGUCUGCUCUACCUCUCUCCCUUUGCAUUGCCUUCACAUAUCACUUCAAGGAACAGUGACUAGACUUAAAAUUCCACAGAUAAUCCAAAAAUAUCUAUUCAAGUUGGCAUCUAUCAACAGGUGACUUAAAUCUUGAAUAGAGGAGCAGAAAUGCCACCACCAGUAGGUCCCCCCCUAUACCCACCUCCUGAUGGAGGCUGGGGCUGGGUAGUGGUUGGAGCAUCUUUUAUCUCCAUUGGAUUUUCAUAUGCAUUCCCCAAAGCUAUCACAGUGUUCUUCAAAGAAAUUCAGCAAAUAUUCAACACUACUUACAGUGAAAUAGCCUGGAUAUCAUCCAUUAUGCUGGCUGUUAUGUACGCAGGAGGUCCCAUAAGUAGUGUUCUGGUGAAUAAAUACGGUAGCCGACCAGUGGUGAUGGUAGGAGGUUUAUUAUGCUGUUUGGGAAUGGUCACAGCCUCUUUUAGUACCAGCGUAAUAGGGCUUUACCUCACUACUGGAUUCAUUUGUGGUUUAGGUCUAGCCUUCAACCUGCAACCCGCCCUAACAAUCAUUGGCAAAUACUUCUAUAAGAAACGGCCCGUGGCUAAUGGCCUAGCCAUGGCAGGAAGUCCUGUUUUCUUAAGCACGUUGGCUCCUUUCAAUCAGUACCUUUUCAAUACUUUUGGCUGGAAAGGAAGCUUCUUGAUUUUGGGGGGUAUACUGUUGAAUGCCUGUGUGGCUGGGUCCCUCAUGAGACCUGUUGAACCCAAACAAGUUGCCAAUCACUCUAAAAAUAACAUUGACAUAGGAGUGGAUGACUCAGGUGUGAGGAGCCAUAGGAAGAAAUCAGCAUGGGAGUUAGUCAAUAUGUAUUUAGAUUUCUCCCUUUUUAAGCAUAGGGGAUUUCUGAUAUACUUAUCUGGAAAUGUCAUUAUGUUUCUAGGGUUUUUUGCCCCCAUUAUAUUCUUGGCUCCAUAUGCUAAAGACAAAGGAAUUGAUGAGUAUUCUGCAGCUUUCCUGCUGUCUAUUAUGGCUUUUGUUGAUAUGUUUGCUAGACCCGCUGGAGGACUCAUUGCAAACUCUAAACUUAUCCGCCCCCGAAUCCAGUAUUUCUUCAGUUUUGCAAUCAUGUUCACUGGAGUGUGCCAUCUCUUGUGCCCACUGGCAGAGGACUACACAAGUCUGGUGUUAUAUGCUAUAUUUUUUGGUCUUGGAUUUGGGAGUGUUAGCAGCGUCCUCUUUGAAACUCUCAUGGACCUGGUUGGCCCUCAAAGGUUUUCCAGCGCUGUAGGACUUGUCACAGUGGUGGAGUGUUGCCCCGUUCUCCUUGGUCCUCCUCUUGCUGGUAAAUUGGUGGAUCAAACUGGACAGUAUAAAUACAUGUAUAUAGCCUGUGGCGCUAUUGUGUUCCUCUCAAGUGUGUGGCUGCUCAUCGGCAACGCCAUAAACUACAGAUUGCUUGCAAAGGAAAAGAAGGAAGAAGAAAGGAACAAGAAACUGCAUACACCUGAGUCCAGAGAGUCUGAACCCUUGAACAAAUCUAAACACCAUGAUGUUGAUGUCAAAAGUACAACAACAGAGAAUAAUUCCUCCGAAAGAGAAACUAAUAUUUAACAAGAAUCACAUCUCUGAUUUCAGUGUUUAUGACUUUCUUAGGAGUAUUUUUUUUUUUUUCAAAAAUUGGGAAAGUUUUUACUUGAAAUGAGGAGUCAUAAUGAAGGAUGGAGAUGAGAUUUUCCUCGAUGGCGGGUUUUUAUAGGUUUGUUUUUUAACACUUGUUUGGAUAGUUCAAAUUUGAGAUUAUGCCUAGAAAGAAUCCAUGCAAUGGGUUUAUUUCCAUACAUGACUCUGGUUGUCAUGGUUAAAAUAAUUUUAAAGUCUUCCAGUGACUUCCAGUCUUGCUUAUAGAGAUCUGAAUCGCAAACCCCUGGUUUAAGUACUUAGAAGGCGUGUGUUUAAUCCAAUAAGAAUACCCUGUCCAAAUUUCAUUUUUUAGUGUUAAAUGGAAUUGAAGGAAAAUGAAUUUUCUUCUAGUGUGCACGUGCAUGCACACACACACACUGACCUAUAUGUACACAAGACAAGUAAGUUCAAAAAGAAUAUUAUCACUUUUUUUAACUUUAAAAAUAAAUCCACUGAGAAUGAAGAAAUCUGUUAUAUCAGCACACUACUUUACAAUGUGAAGCUUAAAGAUAAGAACAUCAGUGAAAAUGAGAACGAUCUUAAUUUGAAAAUGCAACUAACUGCGUGAAAAAAAUUUGCAUGUAUAAAAUAAAUUUGAAAAAAAAAGUCCAUUUUAAACCAUUAUUUCUGAGCACUGUUAGAUUUGAUUAAUCCAUGCACGUGAUUUCUUUGAGGAUGGUCAUUAGUACCUGGUGCUAGAGAAUAGAACUCUCAAAUAAUUUUCAGAAUUCUUACUUCAUAUGUAAAUCAAAUUAAAAGCCUAAGUGACUGUUCGCAAUGAGCUACGUUCAUUGAUUUUAAAAGGAUUUAGUUACAAAUCCAGAAAGUAAUAACCAGGGAUUUUUUUUUUAAUCAGAACUCAGUCUACACUCACUGUUAGACUGAGACUUCAAAAUGGAAUAUACCAGAAUCCUGGUCGACAGGCUGACAAAUAGGUCAAUUUCUAAUUUUUCCCAACAUAUAACCGUGAUCAGAGGAUUACUGUUAUGAAUGAUCUGAGUAAAGCUGACUGAGAGUGAGAGGUGCUUAUACUGAGGCCUCCCAGUUCUGUCAUUUCUCACCCCUCCCUAAAAUGCAAAAGCAAAACACCCAGAAACCCAAACAGGCCUUUCACUCCACCACUGAAAUUCCUCAGGCUAUAAGGAAGGGCACACUUCGAAAUCCCACCCCCUCCUGAUGAGACUUCCUGCCGCCUAGGAACAUAACUGAGAGACUGUGAGAAAAGGUUUCUAGAACUGGAGGCUGCUCAUGACUCCAUAUACACACUUGUGAAGUUUAUCACAGGAUAGCAAGAGGCCUGCAACAUUGCCCGUUGCUGGCCGGUUUAAUUUAGCAGUUUCUCAUUUUCGUAACGAUGUUAAAACAUCUGAGAAUCUGAAUCACCCUUGAAUGUUCAGGCGUAUGAUAGUUACUAUGCACUGAGAACUAUAAAUACCAUUUAGAGUAAGACAGUACUUUUAAACAAGAAAGAAUUUGUGCCUUAGGGCUAAAGUCAUUAAGUAUUUACAUCAGUAAAUCUGAAAUUUAAAUUAAGAGUAUGAUUAAUGAAAAACAUUUAGUGCUUGAUUAUGGAAGUGAUUUAACUCUUAAGAUGUCAAAAGGAAUUUGCUGUUCAUUUUUUUUUUAAAUUGCAGUGGAGGCAGACUAUUAUUUCCUAUAAGAUUACACCUGGACACCAAGCUUUUGUGAUAAUUAACAUUAAGGAUUUGAUUUGUAAAAUUUAUGCACUGGCUAAGCAUGUGGCUCAUAUUUAGGAAGCUAUAUAAAGUCCUAUAUUUCAUUUAGCAUUCAUUUUGUUUGCAGAUGAAGAGGAAUUUGUAUUUUUUUAAAUAUUAAAUAAAGCAACUUGUGCCAAUACCAUAGGUAAAAAAAAUCAGGCAAAAUGGGGCAGUGUAUGGCCGUUUUUAAUUUAGUUUUGCCCAAUCUUGAGUCUUGAAUGAGCUACUUUCAUAUUAUUAAGUGCUUUUGUAUAGAACUCUGACUUGUCAUAAGAACCGCAACAUUACAAAUUGUGUAGUAGCUCCCCAAUCUUAAACAUUUCCCAAGAAAUGUCUUCAAUUCUCUGAGGAUAUGUAUUUAGAUUAAUAUACAUAUCAGAUCCUGGGGGAAAUAAACAUUAAAGUAAUGAUAAGUGGGGUUUCGGGCCCAAGGCUUUAGUCCUUUUGUCACCUGCUGGUGGAUGCCUUCCAGUGCCUUCCUCCAUAGAAGAAGGUUCAUUUAUGUAUUGAUGAGGUUUGUGUCAGGUGAAAACUGAUUCUUACCUGUUCUGUUGGUCUUCGGUCAUCUUCAUUAACUUUUCAUUUCUAACACUGUAUAUUAAAUUGUUGAAAAAGAAAGGGAAGUAAAAUUGCACAUUCAAAGCACGUAAUAAUUCAAAGCCAUGCCCGGCGACAGCUCUACAGAAAGUUACAAAUAUGCACACAUGUUCAUUCUCACAGUUAUGUUGAAAAUUAAUUUAGAACACACUUGAAACAGUGACAUAGACUCAUGUACAGGAUUGAGAAUUAUUUCAGAGUAAAAUAAUUAUCUAGUCGUUCACUCUCUCCACUCCCUUGAACUUGUGAGUUUAUUUGUUGCUUUAAGAGAAUCUUUCAGAGACCAAGAAGAGACUAUCAACCCAGAACAUUCACACGGUCUAGAGGAAGCAAUAUAGUUGGCCUCUGAGUCUGCAGUGAUCAGUGUAGACCAUAUUUCUUUCCCUAGGAGUGACAGGUUUUAGAUGUUCAAGAUAUCAUGAAACGAAAUCAGAGUACACCAAUAAAAUUCGUUUUAGUCCCAUUACCCCACUGGGGAAUUGUUAAGAAGGGAGGUUAUCAACCAGGGUACUAAAAUAAUUCAUAAUCACUAGCUACGUUAAGUAUUUUUCUACUUGUGAUAACUAGCAGCCCAUAUUUUUCACAAUUGAGCCUUAAAUAUGCCUUCACUAAGAAUUUUGGGUAUAGACUUGUCCUGACCUAUCCCUACCCUCUUUCUUGAUCCUUUUUUUUUGGGGGGGGGGGUCCAGUCAACACACGUUUAAGAGGCACUGGGUUAGGUCCUAGUGUACUUCAAGUUGGAAGACAUGGUGUUUUCUCAAUGUAGAUUUAUGUGAGUUUCACUUCUUUGGUAUCAACAUCCACCUGUCUUAUCUCAUGCCCCACCUCUAGACACUAGAAAAUCAGUAAAAUGAGUUUGAUAUAUUUGAAUGUGCUCUUUAAAAAACUAGAUUUUUUUUUUUACUCCUCCUCUGGCUGCACAUGACAAUUGAGGAUACAGAAAAAAGAUGUAUGAUGUAAAUAUAAGUUUUUAUAUUGAUAUUAUAAAAUGCAGAGAAAUCCUUAAUCAGUUAAUUGAAAAUUAUUUUCCAUCUAAAGUACCUUUUUUUAAAAAAGUUCUCUCAUAUGUAUCAUGUUGCACACUUUUAAUGAAACAAAAUGAAAAAUCAUGAUCUUUAGGUUCCAUUUAAUAGGGAGAAAGGGUAUAAAGUGAGAAGGGAACUAAUAUUUACAUUGUACAUUUUACCUACAUAAUACCUUUUAAUAUUCAAACCAAAUUAUAAGUAGAGCUAUUGACCUGAUAUAACAGAUGAGAGAAACAAAACAAAGAUCAGACACACAAAGUUCAGCUAAUUACCCAAAGUGAAAAGAUGUAUGUGACAGAUUCAGAACUAAAACUCGGAUUUCUCUAAAAGCAGAAAGAGCCCCUAGUGUGUUCACUAGCAUGCCGCCUUCAAUAGAAUCUAUAGAAGCAAAGGUAGAUAAAAUAGAGAUACAAAAAAUUUAAACCCUAUAUAGCCAACCAAUUAGGUUUAACUGCAAUUUGUAUCUUGAUUUAUUUCGUGUUCAUUAGAGACUGUUUGCUAUAAACUGAGUAUAUAAUUUCAAGUUGCCUGCUUUUCUAGCCAAUGCAAAUUAUACCAAAUAAUGGUAAUGAUUGUAUAAUAGCCAUAAUUGUUUUAAUACUUUUUGCACGAAAAUAAUGACAUAUUUAUAUAACUCAGGGAUAAUAUAUUUUCCCCGAGGUUGGAUUUAGAAGAAAAAUGUUAUUUUCUUUAUGGACAAGUAAUUCCCAUAUUGGUUGCUACUUAUUAUGACUCAAAAAGUACUUCAUACAAAACAUUAUAUUCAGAGUUACAGAGAUUCCUAUUUAGAGGAUCAUCCAAGCUACCAAAGAAACUUAAAAAGAUUGUAAGAUAUGAAUGAUUUGGUUCAUCUACAGAGUAUGUAUUUAUUUUCAUCAUUUAAUGUAACUCUCCCUACAUCCUAACUGAUUUUUCAACUUUCCUGGAACAUCUGUUACUGCCAUUGUCCCCUCUGUCCAUUUGUCCUAUAGUCAGAACAAAUGUCCUUGCUUUUGUCCUUUCCCUCUAAGACUUUUGACAUCCACAGAAUAGUGUUCUCCUUCGCACUAUUUUAGAUACUGUACUUCUAGUGCAUCUUUCACAAAAUCACAUGUGCUGCAUCUGGUCUUAAUCAGUUGUGAUGUGUAGGAAUGGCUGUCUUCCUGGAAUCAACAGUAUGUACUUUUGACCAUGACCUCUCAUCUUCACAAGUGAGGGAACUCCUGUGACUGGAGGCUUGAGGUAUCCUGGAUAAGGAAGGUGCUUAUAAUCUAGAAGACAUAUUGUUAAUAGGAGUCUUCCUUGUGCAUGAUAAAUAUAUAAAUGAAUAUGAUUUUUUAGGAAUCUAGAAAAAAAUCAGUCUUCCUGUCCUUGGCACUAACUAUCCUGGAUGUUUCUAAUCUUCUUAAAAGGCCUCGUGGCUUUGAGAAACAAAGCUUACCAUGACAGCACGGGGCCAUUACGUACCUUAUACACUCUUUCAAUGCAGUGAGAUCCCCGAUGCAUCUUACCAAGUUGAUUCCUUACCACCACACUUCACAGCACCAAGCAGCAUCAAAAUUAUUCAGAUAUAAGUUGAAAUUAGAAUCUUUACUUUAUUCAACUCACUUUGAUUUUUAGGUUUUGAUUUUUACACAUCCAUGUGCACAGUCUCCCUGCACUUAAAAGCUGAGAGGCUCAAUUAUCUGUAAUUAUAGUGCUUGUAUAAUCAAAAUCAGAAAUUAUCUUUGUUGAUAAUUAAAACAUGAACAAUUUGCUGAGCUCACAUCAUUUUUUGUAGCUCUCAUUUUCUUUUCUUUGCUCUCAGUUGUUUGUACACUAUUUAAUUUUUAACUCCUUCAAGGUCCUGCGAUCUGGUUUAUAUUAGUCUUCCCCCACAUUGCCUUUCCUUUGCUUUAUUCCACAUCUGUGCAGUUCAUGAAAGCAUUGUUAUAGUACUGAGAAUCAAGCUUUUUAGGUCUCUGCGUUAAGAGGAAAAGUAAUAUUGCAAACAGAAUUUUUGGUAUUAGAGCAUAUGGGGAUUUUUUAGACUGAAUUAUUUUUCCCAUCCCAAUCUUGAGCCACCUUACCUUCUUAUCUUCUUUUCUCAUAAUUAUUUUUUAAAAGUAUUUUCUUUCCAUUAUUUUUUACAAUAUCUAGGCCAGCUUCUUAAGCAUUUUUCAUCAAUUCUGGGCAUUUUUAAUACAGAACUCUUGUUUCUUUGGCGGGUAUAGUUACACUCCCCUGUGUGGUGAACACCAUGUUUUUCAGUCUCCACAUGUACUUGUUAAUAGUGUGACUAACAUUCAGGAAUAUUUCAAUAGGUGAUUAAUUGAUUACCUUUUCAGCAAAUACUUUUCUUCACAUAGCAAAACAAGCUUUUUUGUUUAAAAUUCAAAUAUGGCAAAAAUAAGCUAAAGAAACUCUGUAUGAAAACACUGCUACUCAAUAUUCUAUCAAGACGUAAGUUGAUAAAAAGUUCUGUUCAGAUGAAUAAAAGAACAGAAUUCUUAUAUGAAUUUCAGGGUGAAUUUUGAAACAUCUUCCUCCAAGCUUUUUAUUCUGGGUUUAUUGUUAUUUUACUUUCAUAUGCAUCUAAGAAAGAUUUUGAAGUUAGACCUAGUUUAUAGGGUUGUUCAUUAGAGUACGAAUUUUGGAUAUACUAUUUAAAGGACUUUAUUUUUCUACCACAUGCUUUCUAUUUGUAACUAAAGUAUGAAGAUUUAUGAAUUUAGUGAGAAAGGACGUGAACUAAAGUGUUUAUUUUUGGGACACCUGGGUGUCUCAAUUGAGUGACCGACUCUUGGUU